AUGCGCUUCAGCAUCAUCGUCGCAGCCUUGCUGCCUUUCGCCUUCAGCAAGGUGACCUACAACAAAUGGAAGGGAUAUUCGAUUGACAUCUCCGACCUGUCUCAAGAUGAUGUCACGAAGCUUCUCAGCGGGAUUAAUUAUGUUCCCCUCGGCGAGCACCGGGACACAAUUGAAGUGGCAGUCCAUCCAACAAGCGUCCACAACUUUGAAGGCCUUGCCUUGAAGUCAACUCUUUUCAUCGAAGACAUGGCUGAGGAAUUUGCCAAGGAAGGAAACUUCGAAUAUUUAACCGGCAAGAUAUCCUCCACUACCAGCUUCGAGCAGCAUACCCAGUUCUUGAAGGAUCUCCAAAGCUCCUUCUCCAAGAACUCCGAAGUCUUCUCUACUGGUAAAAGCGUCGAGGGUAGAGAUGUUCAGGGCAUUCAUCUCUGGGGCAAGUCUGGAAAGGGCAAGAAGCCUGCCAUCAUCUGGCAUGGAAACGUGCAUGCUCGCGAAUGGAUCAGUAGCAUGACAGUUGAGUACUUGGCAUGGAAGCUCGUUCAGGGCUAUCACGACAAGAACAAUCUUUCUCGAUCUAUCAUUGAUACUCAUGACUUUUACAUUCUACCAAUCGUCAAUCCUGACGGAUUUGUCUAUACAACCAAGUCUGAUCGCUUGUGGCGUAAAAACCGCCAGAAGACCCCCUACAAGAAGUGCGUGGGUACUGAUAUGAACCGAAACUGGCCCUACAAGUGGGAUAUCCCUGGUGGCUCUUCUACAGACCCUUGCGAAGAGACAUACCGAGGUGUCAAGCCUGGAGACACUCCCGAGAUCAAGGCUUUGACAAACCACACCAUGGCGAUUUCGCAGAAGACGGGGAUCAGCUCCUAUAUCGACUGGCACUCUUACAGCCAGCUCAUCCUCUUGCCCUACGGCUACACUUGCGACCAGAACGCGACAAACAUAGACUACCAAAUGGAGCUCGCAGGGGAGGUUGCGAGCGCGAUUGAAGACUAUGAGGGGACCUACUUUGACUACGGUCCUACUUGUCAGACUAUCUACCAAACCUCGGGUGGUAGUAGCGAUUGGGUUUACGAUGUUGCUGAAGCCGAACUUGCCUGGGGCAUCGAGCUUCGCCCAGCGAGAUUGAGGGGCGAUGGGUUCGUUCUUCCGCCCAAAAACAUCAUCGAGUCAGGUGAAGAGAUUUGGGCUGGAAUGCAGGUCUUGUUCAAGAGACUCUUGGAGAAGGUCAAAUGA